AUGUGGCUUGCCACCCCAGCUAAGCGCUGCAGCAACGUCACCCCCUGCGACAUAGUUGAACAGUCGGCACUCAAAAGAAUUCUACAAAGGCUCCAAGAGCUCAAAGUUAAAGUAGAAAGGCAUGGACAACCCACAACUAGCACAAGGGCUGAUACUCAGAGUUCCAGACAUGAUAUAUUGGACUUGCUCAUGCAAAAUCAAGUCAAAAAUCAGAAGACAGCCGCUCAAAUUGCUAAAGUUUUAGCCCAACAAAGUGAUAAACAAAAGGAUGUUCCUACACCUCCUACACCCUGUGGUGAAAUGCCACACAGACAGCUUGCUAACCUGCUGCUUCUCUUCCUAACUAAUCCUCCAAACAUUCAGGGCUUACAUGUUAUGAAACUGCAAGGUCUAUUAGAGUGUGAGAGGAAACAAGAGCCUAUCCCAGUACCACCAGGAGAAAACAUAAUUAAAGUGGAUCCUUUUAUAGCAAGACAGUUCGAGAUUUACAGACAGACUCUUCAGAAGGGCUUCUCUUCGCCAAUCAAUAUAGGUGUGAUUCGGUCAGAUUACAUGUUCCUAUGUGGAGAAGAAGGGGUCGCAUCAUUAAAGCAGAUUGAGUUCAACACAGUAGCCGUUGCUGGUGGAGGACUGGCAUCUCAAUUACCGGCAGUGCACAGGCACAUAUUGAAAGUGGCUGGCAUACAUGAUGUAAAUAUCAUGGACAAUAACUGCAUUGCUGUCAUGGCAGGUGCGAUUGAAAAAGCAUGGAGCUUGUAUGGUUCACAAGGGUCAAUCGUUAUGUUUCUGGUAGAAGACAUCCAGAUGAAUAUAUACGACCAGCGGCUCAUAGAAAAUGAACUCUGGAGCAGGAAUAUUCCAGUUAUUCGGAGGAGGUUUGAGGACAUUAGUAAGAGAGGACACUUGGAUGAGGAGAAGAGGCUUUUUCUAGAUGGGCAAGAAGUUGGACUGGUUUACUAUCGUUACGGGUAUUUGCCACAGCAGUACACAGAGAAGAGCUGGGAGGCCCUGCUGAUGAUGGAGCAGUCCCGUGCAGUAAAGUGUCCAAACAUUGGCACUCAUCUAGUGGGAAUAAAGAAGGUCCAACAGGAGUUAGCACGGCCAGGAGUCCUUGAGCACUUCUUUCCUGGGGACCCAGAAGCAGUUUCUCGCAUCAGAUCAGUCUUUGCUGGACUCUACUCUUUGGAUUUGGGUAAUGAGGGUGACCAAGCACAAGCCAUGGCUUUUGCUGACCCUGAUCAAUUUGUGCUGAAGCCACAACGUGAAGGUGGAGGUAAGGAAAUGGGAAAGAUGUCCUCACAUUUUAACUGAUCUUCAUGGUUUCUGCUAAAGGAUUGUUAAAUACCGGGCAGGGCCACCACCUGGAAAUGAAGCCCCAUAAAAUGAAAAUUUACAACAUAAAGCCACAUUGGGCUUAGGUGUGUGUCAUCAGCCAUUAUAGUAGCAUGCUAAAAAAUGCUUAAAUGCAGCAGUUGAUUAUGCAAUGUAAUUAUGUACAGUACUUUCACCGUUGUCUUUGAGUGAUAAGAUUAUUUAAAAUGUACUUGAAACAGUCAACCACCCACUUCCCAAAGUUAUUUAUCUGUUACGAGGUUCUGAGGAAAAGGAGAUACUAUUUAAUCCUGAAUGGGGUUUCCAAUUGAUAAGUGUGAAGACACAUUCGCACUGCCAUACCGGCUCACACUGGACAAUUCUAAGUCCCCAUAGAGGUUGGGAGCACCCACCUCACGGCAAACCACCCGGAUUGAGAUCCUAGUGCAGCCGUGCAAUCGGUGACACCUCAGCACCACACU